AUGGUGAAGGGCUUGGGUGCUGGCCUGCUUUCAGGUGCUGCAGUUGCUGUGGCAGGGACUGCAUGUGGCGUCGCGCAGAUCGGGCGUGGCAUUGCCAACACGCCUGAGGCUAUGCGUGGCCGCCGCGAGCAGCGAGUUUGGGAUGAUGAGCUCGGCCAGUGGGUGGACAUUGACCUUGUCAAGCUGGAGGAGCAGGUCCUCGCCGAAGGAUCCGACGACGAGGAGGGUGGCGCCAGCGGCAGCUGCUCGCCUUCUGCUUCUGUCAAAGAGACGGAGUACUACGACCUCUUACGCGUCAAGCCGUCUGCGACUUCAGCCGAGAUCAAGAAGGCGUACUACAAGGAGGCAAGAGCUUGCCACCCAGACAAGAACCCCGGCGACGCUGAGGCAAACGCCAAGUUUCAGAAGUUGGCAGACGCCUACCAGGUUCUGUCCGACCCCGAUUCGAGGAAGAAGUAUGACAAGGAGGGCAAGGCCGGCAUCAAGGAAGGUAACGUCAAGAUGGAUCCUUCCACAUUCUUCAGCCUGCUCUUCGGCUCCGAGCGUUUCGAGCCCUGGAUCGGUGAGCUGCCGUGGGCCCAAGCGUGCCCAAGCGCCCAAGCGGUGCAGCAUUGGCGCAUUGGCAUGAGAUGCAUCCAGCACGUCCUGCAAAGGCACUUGGCGAUGCAGACAGACCAGUUUGCCAAAGCAAUGGAAAAAGAAGGCAGGAACAACCGAGUGAAACAAUGGAGUGAGAUUGGUGGCCGUUCGCAGCGGCAAAGUAUCCUAGGUGGCAUCUUGGACCCGACAGUGUUCCACGACAACUCCCAAAUCUUGAAGCGACGUCAGCUUCACCGGGAGGUUCACUGCGCAGUCUACUUGCGCGAGUUCUUGAACGACUUCGUGUACAGGAAAGCGAGAGUUGAAGCUGUGGAACUUGCCAAGUGUCAGUUCGGUCGCUCGGCCAUGGUUUCAGUUUCAGCUGGUUCGGUGUCCAGGAUGUACAAGAUCCGCUCCGAGAUUUAUCUGGCAGAUGAGCUGGUAGGUCGGUUUUCCAUCACAAAGCAGGCAGACGCUUGGCUUAUGAUAAAUACGACUUUCCGGCACAAGAUGAGCUUUGUCUCGAAUGCCGCGACAAGCCUCCUCCAAGUCAAGCGCGUGCACGAUGCUUCCAAGGCCAGCGCCGUGAGCACACCGAGCGCUGCUCCAUCCAGUGCUGGUGCAAGCGAGCCUGAUGCGGGCGCUUCUGGUGCCACCCCACCUGAACCGACCCCGGAGGAGGUGGCACAGGCAGCAGCAGCUGUGGAGAAGGCCUUGGAUGAAGCCCUGCCUCUCUUUCUUCAAACUGCCUGGGCAGCUGUCGUCACCGACAUCGACUCCACUGUGAAAGAGAUUGGCCGAAAACUGCUGAAGGACAAGUCCGUUCCUUGGCAGAUACGAGUUCGGCGCUCUCAAGCGCUGCAGCGAUUGGGUGCAAUUUUCGAGGAGGAGCUGCCGCGGGAGGGCCAGAAGGCGCUGGAAAGCGGCGGCUCAUCAAAGACCAUGACCUCGGAGGUUGCCAAGGCCACCUUGCAGGAGGCCUUAAUGGCCUCGGUGAAGCAGCAGCGCUAG